AUGGCGCCUCGACACCCCCUCCCCCAAAGACCGAACGUUGGAUAUCCGGCCCAACACAACGCUUCGGGUGGGUAUCCCGGUAACGCCUCGGGCGGGUACCCCGGCAACGCGUCUGGUGGCUAUUCCAACACGACUGGUGGCUACAACGCGGCUGGGGGAUACAACGCCUCGGGCGGCUAUCCAGGCUGGGGCGCCGCCAGUGGAGGAUACCCCUACCCGCAAGCACAAGUCAACGCAGCCUACGCGAGCGGCGGGUAUCCCGGCUACGGAGCGGGCGCGUACGGCUACGGAGGGUACGUUGCUCACCCGUACGCCUCCACCCAGUCUGCUCAGUCGUCGGCGCAGGGACAGGGACAGUCUUGGCGCGGUCGGGGUGGGCAGAGCGGACGGGGCGGGCGACAAGGCGCAGGCCAUCAAGCGGCGCCCAAGACCGAGACUGAGAACAAGAGGAGCGAGGAGGAAGAACGAUGGGCCAAGUCCGGCGGCGCGUCGUAUAUCCAAGGAACGGGGAUUAAGCUUGAUACACCAGAGCAGAUUGCUGCGUGGAUCGCCGAGCGGCGGAAGAAGUUUCCCACUGCGGAGAGGGUUGCUGAGCGAAAAGAAGAAGAAGCGGCUGCCAUUGCGCGCGGCGAGAACCCGCGUAAACGAAAGCUUGAUGCUGCACGGGCGGCUGAGGAGUGGGGUCGUGAGGCGAGUGUGGAUGGGAAACCAGUUGGUGUGAGGGAUGGGAAGGGGGUUGGCGCGCGUGCGCGAGGACGGGCGCGUCUGCAGGGACCAAGUCGGCCGGCCAAGGCGACCAAGGCCGAUAGCGACACGGUCGACAGUGACUCGGACUCGGAUUCAGGCUCUGACAGCGGCUCGAGUGACGUCUCUAGCGAUGAGGACGAGGAUGAAGAUGAGGAUGAGGGGAGUGACGACGCCAAGGUCGAGGACGAGGCCGACGAAAAGGACAAGGACAAGGAGGCCGAGGAGAACAAGACCCCAGCCAAGCAGGCGUGCCGCUUCUUCGCACGUGGGCAGUGUCGUUUCGGCUCCCGGUGCAAGUUAGAGCACACACGCCCCAACACCCAGAGUGUCCCCGAGAAGAAGGAGGAACCCAAGGGCCCACCCAAGCCAAGGCCACCUCGUGCGCCCCGCGGACCAGCGCCCAACGCUUUCGCCAGGCCAUCGAUGCUCGGAGCCAUCCUCGCCAAUCCUAUCGAGAACACCCUGUCUCAGCUCAGCCAGACUAUCCGGUUCCUUGUGGCUAAUGAUAUGUUGCACAGGGUUGAGGUGCGUGCUGGCCAGGCUGAAGAGGAGAGGCAGGAGAGGGAGAAGAUUGUCGUCGUUGAGGAGGGCGGGCCGUAG